AUAGACUGCAUAUAAAGUGAGUGGGUAGGGGAGAGAGAGAUGUGAAGUAAUUAAAUGAUCAUAUAGAUUGAUAAAAGUCAGGAAAUGAAAAUUGAACUGACAUUUUCUUAUUUUCCUUCUCUUCUUCUGCCCUGGUUGGUGCCUCCUCUCCCCCCCCCCUUUUGCGUCCCCCUCCCAUUUCCCCACAAGUGAUGAGUGAAGUCACAUGUAACUUUGCAUUUCUUGGGUUUUAUUGUUUUGUGAACAAUCUUAGCGUUAUUUAAACCUAGGUUGUUGUUGUGUGUGUUUUUAAAAUUUUAAUUGCAGUAUAAUUUCUUCAGUCCAAAGCACUGCGUCCCCCCCCCCCCCUGCCUUUGACUGGCACGCGCCCGGAGCCCUGGUUCUGGCACCUCCGAGUGUCUGAUUGGCUACGGGGCAGCUCCUGUCUGCUCUCUCUGCGCCCUCAUUGGGUGAGAGUCCUAGCCAGCGGUACUUCAAAGCAGGCGCUCCCCACACUUAGGCUGAGUUUUGCCCACAGGAGCCAGGAGUAUACUUAGUGUAAGCGGUGUAAAGCGGGGAGAGAAGGAGGGAAUUGAGGAAACUCUCCUCCUCUCCGCCGCGACUGGCAGAGCCCCCCAUACGGCCCCAGAACUCAGCCAAGGGACGUGCUAUGGCUACGUCUAUACUUGGGGAAGAGCCAAGAUUUGGAACGACCCCCUUGGCCAUGCUGGCCGCGACCUGCAACAAGAUCGGCAACACCAGCCCCCUGACGACGCUGCCGGAGUCCAGCGCCUUCGCCAAGGGGGGUUUCCACCCCUGGAAGCGCUCCACUUCCAGCUGUAACCUAGGUUCCAGCCUCUCGGGCUUCGCGGUGGCCACCAGCAGCCGAGGCUCCAGCGGACUGGCUGGCGGCUCGGGUGCCGCCAACAGCGCUUUCUGCUUGGCUUCCACUUCGCCCACGUCGUCCGCCUUCAGCAGCGACUACGGAGGCCUCUUUUCUAACUCGGCGGCGGCGGCGGCAGCAGCGGCCGGAGUGUCCCCCCAGGAAGCCGGAGGCCAGUCGGCCUUCAUUUCCAAGGUGCACACUUCGGCGGCUGACAGCUUGUACCCACGCGUGGGCAUGGCGCACCCCUACGAGUCCUGGUAUAAGUCCGGCUUCCACUCCACUCUGGCGGCCGGCGAGGUGACCAACGGGGCGGCCUCCUCGUGGUGGGACGUGCACACCAACCCGGGCUCGUGGCUGGAGGUGCAGAACCCGGCGGGGGGGCUCCAGAGCUCGCUGCACUCGGGCGCCCCCCAGGCCUCGCUGCACUCGCAGCUGGGCACUUACAACCCCGACUUCAGUUCCCUCACGCACUCGGCCUUCAGCUCCACCGGCCUCGGCUCCUCGGCUGCCGCCGCCUCGCACCUGCUGUCUACCAGCCAGCACCUGCUGACCCAGGAGGGCUUCAAGCCGGUGCUGCCUUCCUACACGGACUCCAGCGCCGCCGUGGCGGCCGCCGCCAGCGCCAUGAUCACAGGCGCCGCGGCCGCCGCCGCCGGGGGGAGCUCGGCGCGCUCUGCCCGUCGUUACUCGGGCCGGGCCACCUGCGAUUGCCCCAACUGCCAGGAGGCGGAGCGGCUGGGGCCCGCCGGAGCGAGCCUGCGACGGAAGGGCUUGCACAGCUGCCACAUCCCCGGCUGCGGCAAGGUGUACGGCAAGACGUCGCACCUGAAGGCGCACCUGCGCUGGCACACGGGCGAGCGGCCCUUCGUCUGCAACUGGCUCUUCUGCGGCAAGAGGUUCACGCGCUCGGACGAGCUGCAGCGGCACCUGCGGACUCACACGGGCGAGAAGCGCUUCGCCUGCCCAGUGUGCAACAAGCGGUUCAUGCGCAGCGAUCACCUGAGCAAACACAUUAAAACACACAACGGGGGCGGCGGGGGCAAAAAGGGCAGCGACAGUGACACGGACGCGAGCAACCUGGAGACGCCCCGCUCUGAGUCCCCGGACCUCAUCCUUCACGACUCCGGGGUGAGCGCGGCCCGGGCGGCGGCGGCGGCAGCUGCAGCGGCGGCGGCGGCGGCUGCGGCAGCCGCUUCUGCGGGAGGCAAGGAAUCCACUUCGGGGCCCAACGACUCUUAGAGGUGGUGAGAUUGAGGCGAGCGAGCGAGCAAGAGAGACAGACACGGAGCAAGCGAGAGCGAAAGCGAACGGGAGCGAGAGAUGCAGAGAG